GUCACGGAGUAGACAGCUGCUCCUGAGCCUGGUCGGCCGGUGUGUUUCAGCGUUAGCGCGUUUCUAGUAGUAUCAUAUCAAGACCGGUUUUGUAUUAAACAUAAAAAUUGAGACAUUUAGUAUACAGACAGAAAAAAUAUAUGCAAGAAUUGCUACAUGUUCAUACGAACUACAUAUAUACAUAUAUCAAUACCCUAUAGAUGGGUUUCAGGCGUCAUCUGUGCAGUGCACGAGCAAUGACGGAGCCACUGUCCAGCGACGAUGUGCGGACAAGAAGACGGGGUAUAUUUUAAAACAGGAUGCCAGUGACUCUUGCGGUGAAGACGCUGCGAUUCGCACGAAGCGGAAGGUCUCCCUCUCUCACUGGCUCGUGUGUCAUUGCAGACCAGCUGUUAUCAUUGUAGACGCCAACCAAUCGCAACACUCCUCAGGGGACGAUGCACAUCCCAGCAGCCAAUCAAAGCCAUGUGGACAGUCCGACCUGGCCCCGCCCACAGGGCCACAGCACCUGGCCUGCUCCUGUCAGCACGGACCGGACACCAGCGACCUACUGUCCAGUCGGAGGGCUGGAGAAAGUCUCUGCCCCUGCAGGAUCAGGAGCCCCUCCCCGGUUACUUUUUACAGACUGUCCAGCCUCCUCAACCCCUCCCACCUUCCCCACUGGGCCAGGGUUAGAGGGGCCUCAGUCCUGGGGGAAUCUUCCCAGUACUGACCUCCCACCACAGCUCGGCCUGCCUGCUGAGCCCAGUCUCCCCAACGGCAUGUCUGACUCUUGCGAGCCGAGCCCCUUCCCAUCCUGCCACACUGUCACUCAGCCACCACCAGGGGGCAGCAGCACAGAGCAGGCAAGCCGAGCUCAGAGCCCCAGGGCGCAGUCUCGCUACGGGCUGGACCCCCGGCUGAUCCCCAGUGCGGUGAAGGUGAUAGAAGACGACCGAGAUGAGUGGGCAGGGCAGGUGUUUGUCUCGGACACCAGCAGGCAGCUCCCACCCCUCUCCAGCACUGAGUGCACCGUGGAGGACAGAGGUAACGCCAGUCCGCGCUUCAUCCGCUGUACCUCCUACUCCUUUCCCUGUGAUGGAGGGGCUGCCCAACGUUGUCACCUGCCCCUGGGGGCAGUCGUUACCCCCCUCGCGAGGCUGGGGCCCGGAGAGCGCCCCCUGCCUGUGCUGAUGCGUGGUGCAGAGCCUGGCUGCGUGCUGAGCUGUGGGGGGUGUGGAUCCUCCAUGUGUCCCUUCAUGACCUGGCAGGACAGCGGGCAGAGAUUCCACUGCCCCUUCUGUGGGCACAUCACUGAGGUGCCCUGGCAGAAUUACCAGCCCACAGACAGGGGGAGUCCCAGGGUGGAUUCAGAGCUGCACCCUGAGCUGUGCCGAGGCUCUUAUGAAAUUCUGGAGACGCACACGCAGAGGGAGUGUCUUGGUCUGCUGUUGGCUGUGGAUGUGUCUGGUCAGGCAGUGAGGGGGGGGCAACUGGCUCUUGUCUGCCAUCAGCUCCGCGCUCUCCUUGCCUCUCUGAGCAGGGAUUAUACCGGCUUGGGCAAGUCGGCUCUGAGAGUGGGAGUGGUCACUUACGACAGAAGUCUCCACCUUUACAACCUUAGCCCCGCCCUCUCCCGCCCCCACAUGCUGGUUGUCACGGAAACAGAAGAUCUGGAACUACCUGUGUGGGAGGGGCUACUGGUCUCACUGGAAGACGGCAGAGACGCCAUUGACUGUGUUCUGGAGCAGAUCCCCAGACUGUUUGUGGACGCAGAGGACACCCCUGUAUCACAGGACCUGCCUCUGCGCUCUGCCCUGAAGAUCUUUAAGGCAGCUGGUUGUCCAGGAAAAGUGCUGGUCUUCCACACAGCUCCCCCUAGUGACGGGAAGGUGAACUGCAGCAGUGGCCCCUCUGGAUUCUUUAGCUCCAGCAAAACGAAGUCCCUGUUCCAGCCCCCAGAAUCCUGCGGCUCAUUGGCUCGGGAGUGUGUGGCUCAGGGCUGCAGUCUACACCUCUUCCUGUUCUCCCAGCAGGCUGUGGGAGGGACCUGGGCAGGACACGCUCCCUCCCUGACUGGGGGCAGGGUCUACAACUAUGAAUGCUUUCAGGGAGAGGCCGACGUGGAGCGGUUCGGCAGUGAUUUGAGGAGGUGUGUGGAGGCAGAAACAGGCUACAGGGCUGAGCUCAGGGUCUCUGUAAGCAAAGGUCUGCGGGUGUCUGGAUGCUUUGGGGCAUUCUCCCCGGGCCCUGAUCCAGCUGUCAUCUCCCUGGCGGCUAUUGAUUGGCACACCGCUGUGGCAGUUCAGUUUAUGCAUCACAGCCCAUUGGACGAGCACAGGGGCGUGGCCAUGCAGGGAGAGAGGAGGACCAGGGUCCACAGCCUGGGCCUGCGCUGCUCCCGCCACCUAGUGGACACAUUCCGCAACAGCCAGGCCGAGACACUGCUGAGCUUCUACUGCAAGAGAGCUUACUGCGCCGUGCUGGACAGGCCUCUCCAGGCUGUGAGAGACGAACUGGUCACUGAGCUUACAGAGGCCCUGGCCUGCUACCGGCAGCACUGCUCCUCCACUGCACUCACACAUGGACAGCUGGUGCUGCCCCAGUGUCUGAAGGCCCUCCCAGUCUAUGUGAACAGUCUGCGCAAGAGUGAGGUCUUGUUGCCCGGACAGCGCAGCUCCGUGCCACAACGACUGCAGCUGCGUGGCCAACUGGUCGCCAUGGACCCGGCCCACACUGCCGCUUACUUCUAUCCUGAGCUCCUCCCACUGCCCCUGUGUGAGCAGUCUGUUGGCGAUGGUGCCCCUGCAGCAGCAGUGCGUUGCUCAGGGAGCAGUCUGGACUCACGGGGGCUGUACCUGGCCCACAGCUCCCUGGCCCUGCUGCUCUGGGUGGGGGAGCACGUCCCGCUGUCUGUCCUCUCCCAACUCUUCAACGCCAGCUCCUUCAGCCAGCUGCCCUGCGGAGAGUGCCGCCUGCCCACCCUGGACAACCCCUUGUCCCUGCGCGUGAGGGCAGUAAUCCAAACCCUGAGGUCAUGCACAGCCUUCACCCUAAAGCUGCAGGUGGUGAAGCAGGGAGACCACAGUGAGGAGGCUCUCCGGCACCUGCUGGUGGAGGACAAGAGCCCCAACGGCGGGGCGUCGUACCCCGACUUCCUGUAUCACGUGCACAUCAACUCCUUGCAGCUGCUGGCGUGAACGGCAGCCGUCUCUUCCUCUUCCUCUUCCCCUUCCAUUUUGCAGUUCAGAAGAAAUCAAACAGCCAACUUGCAGUCCAACCCAGUGCAUGAUUUGGCACAAGCUCCUUAUUUCUUUGUUCAUCUAUUGAUAAUUUUAAGGAGGGGGUUGCACCGGAGAGCUGCACUGGAAUGGAUGUAAGGCUCAUUUUACCAGCACAGCUGUGCUUUCUCUUACUAAAUGUCCUGUCCAAACAUUCCCCAUUGUUCAUCCCCUAAACCAGGGCUCUAAAAUUAAGCUGGUGGUGAUUGGGGGGGAGGGGGCAGUGUCUCUUUUGUUCUGAGCUCUCCUUUUCAUUAUUUGGGAAAUUGUAAUACUUUUAUCUAGGCCCAGCAACAUCUAGGUCCUGCAACUGGAAUGAAGGGUUUGGGAACCAACUGGAACUGGAAACAUCUAGGCCCUGCAAGUGGAAUAUGUGUUUUGUCAAAUCUGAGGAAAUAACCCUAUUAAAGGAGAACUCAUGAUGAGUAAGAAAUGACACGGGCAGGCAGAAAAGCCUCCCAGUUUGAGUCUGAGACCCCUCCCCUCUCUCCUCCUGUCUGCCCCACCACAUCUCGCUCUGUUUUUGGAGCAAUUACCCCUCACUGGGUUUUUCAUUUCUUCUCUGAAAAUAAAAAGCUUUCUGGGAACAGACACUGCCGUGUGUCGUCAUUGCGUGACAGAAAA